GGAACAUUUACCAAUAGGACCGAGGUCUGGCGCAUUCAGACAACAAGGGAAAGAGUGUAAGUGUUGGGGGGCAGACAGAUAAGAACGUUCCGCCGAAGCGUUCAAUAGCUGGUUCGCGCUGCAUGCGAUAAGGAUAAGCGUACUUUCUUCCACUGAACUUUGGAGGUCCGAUUGGUCAACACCAUCCUGGUGCUGGCGAGGGGAUUUGGAACUGAUAAACCACGAACGGUCCGAGCUUUCUUGUGUUUGUGUGUGUGUUUUUAUAUUUACAUAUUCUAAGUGAAAAGUUUUUCCUUUUCUACUGUUCAGAUUGGAUGAGAUAGGAACUCAAUGUGUCUUCGACUAGUAAGUGAUUAACGUCGGGAGUUGGUUAAGCAGUUGCUAAUCUGGCUUCCCUCUGAACGGAUCGCCGUAGAAAAAAAAACGCUUUUUAGUGGUCCUGCUCAGGACUUGGUGCUCUGAACGAGAUUAGUGUUUAGUAGUUUUGACAGUUAUUGCUAUUGGUUUUAAAAUGCCGUUAAAAUUCGACAUCGACACCGAACCACCAACGCCCGAACUACUCGAGGUAGCCCGCAAGGAACUUCGUGAAACACCGGAAGUACGCGAAGCGGCUAUCAAAGAACUGCGCAGCCUGCUAAAGGAAGCGACCGAUCUGCACUACAAGGAUGACGACGAAUUCCUGUUGAUUUUUCUGCGCCCGUGCCAUUUCUACCCGGAAAGUGCUAUCAAAAUGAUGCGCCGCAUAGCCGAAUUCAAGAAGAACUACCACAAUCUGUUGCAUAAUCUGAUGCCGGAGGACGAGAAGCGCGCCUUCACCGAACACAACGUGGUUAACGUGAUGGCCAACCGGGACCAGAAGGGACGCCGAGUGCUACUGGUGAAUGUCGGUGCCCUGUGGGAUCCGAAACAGGUCAGCUCCGAACAGCUGUUCCGAUUGUUCUACAUCAUUCACCUGAUCGCCCAGUUGGAACCGGCGACGCAAAUCAACGGCGCUGUGGUCGUGAUGGAUUUCGAUGGUCUUUCGCUCAAACAGGUCCGGGCUCUCUCGCCGUCCUUUUCCAUGCUGCUGUUGACCUUCAUCCAGGAGGCCCUGCCGUUGCGACUGAAGGAAGUUCACAUCAUCAAGCAGCCGUUCAUCUUCAAAAUGGUGUGGGCCCUGUUUAAGCCUUUCAUCAAGGAGAAGCUCAACAAACGAAUCUUUUUCCACGGUAGCGACAUGCGUAAGAUUCACCGGUUUAUCGACCCGGACCGGCUGCCCGGGAACUACGGUGGCACACUGCCGAUGAUGGACUACGGGGGCCGCGAUUGGUAUCCCUGUGUGUUCCGCUAUAUCGACCACAUCAACGAGUGGAACACGUUCGGUCUGGUCAGUGAUCCCGGAUUGCAGAAAUAUUUCGAAAAGAAAUUGUAACACUUAAAGCUUUUGGCUUGAAUUUCGUUCUCCGAAGAAGCUCAAAAUUAUUUCGGAAUAUCCAAACUUAAACUUUUUCUCGAAUAUCCCAAUGACUGAAGUAUUUUAAAAUCCACUUAAGUGCUAGCUAAUUUGUAGUCAAAAUAUUUUGUCUGAAUAAACAUUUUUAGAAACCAUUAAGGGCUGUUAUUAUUUGUAAUAGUGUCCAAUGACGUUUCAAUUGACUUAGUAGUCAGGGAAGGAAACGACAGACUUAUCUUACUGUAGUCUCUUGGAUCGGAGAAAUUCAUUGGAUGAAUUAGUUUUUGAUUUAAAAAAAAAUGUUUGUUGGGACGAUAAAAAUUUUGAUUGUCGAGGAUCCAAGUAGGCUGCAUUAAAAGCGAUAGUCUCGAUAGUCAUUGUAUUCAAACAAAUACAUACAAAGAACGUCGAUGAACAUUUCUUUAUCUCCCUUCACUUGACCUUGAAAACGCAUCGGUCAAAACACGAACGGAACGGAACUUGUAUCAAUUCGGUUUGAACUUUUUUAUUGUUUCUGUUCACUUUUUUUAGUGACCUAUUUUGCAACAGCUUCUAGUGAAGUGAUCGCGAUGCCGCUCUACUAUUCAAUGACCAUGUUCAUAGUGAAAGAUGCGAAUUUAUAACGAUUCCAGACAUACUUCCUUCUUCUAAAAAUAAACCACAAUCAGAUGAAACGUCACUCUUGUUUACUAUUUGCUCACAAUCGGUGACCUAUUGCGAAUGAUUGACAUUUUCGACACAAGCGUCAGAGCAGAUUGUUGCCAUUCAAUUUACGCAUCACACGCAGUAGGCCGCCCCCUUAAAAAGGGAAUUGCGUCUUCUUGGGUUUUGUUAUUUUUCCAUCAAUCACCCGAGCCUUUUGAAACCAUCAUUGUCCAUUGAACUGAAACUGAUUUUCGCUAAUCCAAUCACAUUCCUUCUG